CUUUCAACGUCUAUUUUAUGCUAAUAGUUCAUGAUUGAACUGAAUUGAGCUGACAGUUCUCAUGAUCAAAGUUGAAGUAAAUCACAGCAGCUGUUACAGUAUUCAUAUUAUAGUUAACUAAAAUACAUAUUAUUUAUCAUGAAUGAACAAAAUAUUCCCAUAGAUAUUAAUGUUGGUAGAUUGUUAGAAUGGCUAAUCAGUAGAAGACACUGUAAAAAAGAUUGGUAUUCGAAAGCUGUAAUUAUUAGAGAGAAGAUAACUGAUGCCAUAAAAGACAUGCCAGUUCGAGAUGAUGUAGCAUGUUUAUUAUCUACGAUUGAUAUCAAUUAUUUUGACUGCCGUAAAUUGGUUGAAAUUUUAAAAGAAACCGAAGCAAAUACCAAAAAUAUGUUUGGGAGAUAUGGAUCACAAAGAAUGAAGGAUUGGCAAGAAAUUAUGUCUUUGUAUGAAAGGGAUAAUGUAUACCUUGCAGAAGCAGCGCAAAUGUUGAUGAAAAUUGUGAAAUAUGAUAUACCCAGUCUAAAAAAACAAAUUCAGAAAUUACAGCAGAUGCAAAAUGAUUUAGAAAAAGAAAUAGAAAAACAUAAGAAAUCAGAAAGAACAGCAAAAGCUGAAUUCGAUGCUCUGUGUAAACAAUUAGAUAUUUCUGGAAAAAAUAUCAGAGUUGAAUUGGCUGAAACUGCUAAAACCGAAUUACCAAAAAUUUGUACAAAGAUAGCAGAAAAAACAAAAUCUCUCAGUGAUAUUGUUAAUUUUUAUGAAGAAUAUAUACAAUUUACAAAUGGAAAAGAAAUUAAUGCAGAUAGUAUGAAAUGUUUAAAAUAUGUGAUAGCAAAAGGAAAUACUACAGCAACAGAAUUUCUACAAAAAGAUUCAUCACAGUUGACAUCUGACUCUGAUUUCAACAUCACUGUUGUAGAAGAUAGUAAUGAAAAACAAACAGAGGAUACUUAUGACAUAAGAAUAGAAAGCAAUGAUUCUUAUACAGAUAACAUCACGUGCGAGAGUUCUGAUGUAGAGUUGAUACGUUUACAAGAUGAACUAACAGUAGACUUCCACUCUCCAACUAUUCUAGAACAUCAAACAAUGAUAGACUUUAUGAAUGAUUUAUUAGAAUUGGAAGCAUUUUUGAAAAUGCGCUUGUAUGAAUUUCAACAAGAAAGUAAGGAAAAUUUGGUAACCUUUAGUCACAUGCAAGAGGCAUCAGAAAUUGUUCAACUUUCUAAUUUACAAAGCGUACAAAGUAUGUUGGACAGAAUGCAAAAUAUUAUAUCUGACAUGUCUGAUAGCAAAUAUGAACAUUUAUACUCUAUCAGAAAUCUUCCAAGUUAUGCAGAUACAUUAACAUUAUCUCUACAACGAAAAUUAGCUAUGGUUGAGAGGAUGUUAAAAUAUCAAGACACUUGUUUACAAAAAAGAAAAGAAGCAGAAGAACGUAUAAUAAAUCUGCAGCCUCUAUUGAAUCAUGCAGCACAAAGAAUAAAAGAAUUACAAACUGAGAUAGAACAAGAUAUUUCAAAGAAAUAUCAAAAUAGAACUGUGCACAUAAGAGGAGGUUCUGUUUUGUAAUAAUUAUUAAAUUAUACGUUGAGUAAAACUUACACAAAAUAAUAUACAUAGCUAUUCUCCGAACUGUUAACUCAUGAAAUAAGAGUAAACUAAAACAAAAUCAUAUUUUAUAUUUUUGUAAUAUGAAUUCCUGAGGUAAACGCUGCUGUUAAGAGACGUGCAAUCUGUAAAUACAUUAUAGAGAACUAUUACGCUGCAUUAUAAAAUCUAUCUUUGGUAUAGUGAUACUAGUUUCUCAAUGAGGAUUGAUACAGUACGUGAAAUUACAUAAUCAUGAAAAGAUUUUGUACUAGUCUCCAAGGUGAUGAAGUACAAACAGCUUUUGUAGUUGGACAAGGGUAGCGGCGCAAGCAUUCUGCUAAUGAUCUAUCACAUUCGCACAAACGUUGUGCACACGAUCCCGAUCCUCCCCAUUUACCAUGCUCAACGGCUACAAAUUAAAAAAAUACGAUCUACUAUAUCACCUACAAUAAUUUUACUAAGAUAUAACUAACGAUAUACCUACCACAUACAGGUUUGUGACCAUGAUAACAUCUCCAAUAAUAGGGUGCUAUAUAUUCCAUGAAUAUAGGACAUUCUGUAGCAUCAUAACACCAAUCAUGCAUUUUACAACACCUAAAAGAAUAUUUUUUCGUUAGGAAAACAACAACACUUUUAUUUAUAUUACAAAAUUAAAGAUAUACCGAUCGAUUCCAUCAAUGACAUAUCCGGAUCCUAAGAAGCCACAAUAACAACCAUAUCCUUUAUAUACCAAAGGAUUACAUCCUGUAGCACACACUACCAUAUUGUAAAGAUGAAUGACACCUCUCUUAAAUCUUGUAUGAUUCAGCUGGAGACUUAAUGAUGAUCCAAAAGGUAGAGAUCUAUCUAUCUACCAGGUGGAUGACUUUCUCCUUCCACCAAACUCUCGACAGAGCGUGCAGCAAUGCGUUGUUAACUUCGACUGAUUUCGUACGUCUCCAUAUAUCGGAUAAACUUGUUCAUCUCCAGCGAACAGGGAGCGUCUAGUUGAUGCUUUGAGAAACCUACUGUUACACUUUCGUCGUAAGUUCCUUGAAGAAGGAGAAGGAGCUCGAUUCUCCAACGACGUCCGUUUCAUACGUUCAUUCUCUUCGGCUUCACUCUCUUGACGAGCUCGGGUCAAAGGUAAUCUUAUUUUUUCUUUUCUUUCCUUCAUAUAAUAUACGUUUCGUUCCAGUAACCUGAAAGAUCAGAGUGCACUUACAACCAGAUGACAAGCUUAUUAAAUUAAAAAGAUCUCGCGAUUUUCGCUGUUACCUGUUUUUUGUUUAGUCAACUUUCUCCGAGAACAAAGAUAUCAUCGAUUAAUUUUUUAUAUACAACCAUAAAAUAUAAUGUGCUUUGCAGUCUCGUAUUAAAUAAAAAAUAGUUCAAUACGCCAUUCUCUCAUGAUACUUUUAUACGUAAUGAAGCACUAGUUCAGGAAACGGAUUGUAAAUUCCUAUCAACCGAUCCGAUUUGGUCCGCUAAUUCAUAGGAUCUAUUCGUAAAAUCAACGUCAGUUCCAAGUAUUGUUCCAAAGAGAAUAAAGAAGAUAUAUUAACAUUUAGAAAAUAAAAUGAUACGGAUACAUAUACGUAAUAAUUCUGGAAGCAUGGUUAUUUAAAUAUGCAAAUACGGGUAAACGUAUUUCAAAUAUGUACUACCUCUAAAAUGAAAGUUUAGGCAAGUGUUAACGGUACACUCUCAUGAUCAGUAAGCGUAAAGUGUUUUACGCGUACUCGCCAAUGUGGGUAAUUAGAACAAAGGAACGAAAUGUAUCGAAAAUAAUUUACGUUGACGAGUGGUAUAAAUAACAUCUAAUGUCAAUGAUUUUUCUCAUCUGACACGAGCUAACGUCACAUUUGAUACGCUUUAAGCGUUGUGUUGUGAUAGUCUAGCAUUCUUUCAAACCUCAUAAUUAUGACUGUGACAUCGGAUAAUAACGUCGCGUCGCUCAGAAUGCAAUGGUAAUUGCAAUUGUAGAUUACUCCAGGUAACGCGUUAUGACGAAAAUAUAAACAUCAGGCUCUGAAAAAGUCAUGAUUAGUAACAAAAUUUUUGAGUUUUCUAUCAUUUUUCUAAUUGCUGCGCAUAAUUAUAGUAAAUGGUAUAAUAUUUUUAUUUCUUCAUAUUAGAAUACAAGAUUAUUUUAUUUUGCAUUUGUAAAUACAAAAUUAUAUAUGUAUAUGUAUACAUGUGUGUGUAUACACACCAUUUAUAUAUAUACACAUACGAAAUCGUCAAUGACCGACACUUUAUACAUGGCCUAUCUGUGUAACGAGGCGCAUCGUACCGCAACUUUGCAGGGCACAUCGAAAUUCCUUCGAAACACAUUCGAGUCGUGUUUUCAACAGUGCAACUAUAUAAGACUAUAUUCAAAUAUAUUUAUCAAUCUUAUCUUGUGGAGAUUGUAUGCCGUGAGAAAAAAAAACUAACGUAACGGGCUACGAAAAGAUGAGAGAAAUUCACAGCAAAGAGAGAGAAAGAAUAAUAAACGAAAUUAAAUCUUAUGUUAUUCGACCUAAAUUAUAUUAAUUAAGCUGCUAUACUUCUUUGUAUUCUUCUAUAUAGGAAGUUAGAACUAACAUAAAUACAUUAUUAAAUAAGCUUUGAAAUAGUCAUACAUAAAUAUAAGAGAUGUGAUCUUUAAGUUAAUUAAGAUUUUGUUGUUAACUAUAAUUACCAAGCCUAAUUACAGAUUCCAUACCUCCGUAGACAAUCGUAGUUCCAUUGCUGUCCAACGCAACGAUUGGUUUAUUUACUUUGAAACUAUCUGCUACCUACUCAAAAGGUCAAAUAAUAAAGCGACAUAAAUACGA